AUGACCAAGAACAACCUGAGCACCUGUCUUUCAUGGCUGUUGCAGCAUCCACACUCUUUUGGCAACUUGGAUCAUAUAUCAGCUAUCGCUGACACGCCCACUGCGCCGUACGAUGAAGCUAUUGCCGCAAACGCAGACAAUGAGAUGGCAAGACUGCAGUUGGCGCCACAGACGAAUUACCGACCAAAAUUGCAUUCCCAACUGAACAAUGCGCCGAAUCCCUUACCAACACCCACCCCCUCCCGACCGUCAGAAGAGCCGAAGCCGGUAUCGACUCGACCGAAGCAACCGCUGGGAACGCCGUCUGCCCCGCGACACAAUGCUACAAUACGCACCCCUGGAACGGCGUCAGGAAACAUCGGCUUCAGUGAUGGUGUCCUCGAUAUCGAUGAGAUUGAUCUGACAGGGGAUGUCACAACUUCUUCCUUUGGCGAUUUUGGUCCCCCACUUAGGCUGUGGAGGGAAGACUCGGCUUCUCGCGUAGAACCGCUGCCCAAAAAGAGCGGAAAGAAGAGGAAGAGCGAUGAAUAUGAGUCAGAUCUCCUUUCCCCACGAUCCAACCGCAAGACAACAAAGGUUCUGCAGCACGCGACUACGACAGUGUCCUCAGCUCGUGUUCGCCAGAAUGAUCGCUUGGAGAGGCACGUCCAGGAAGGAUUCAGCCUUACACAGACCACUCUUCGCCAAACCCCACCACCAUUAUCGCAAGUAGAAGACGAGUUUUCUGAUUUCUCGAUCAAUGACUUUGAGGAGACCCAAGGUCAGCCGGCGGUCAAACCCGGUGAUGCUCAGCAACAACCAGUACCGACCGGUACUCAGCAAAGUCAGACUUCGAGGCGGACUAAUGUUAUUCCCGAUUCGGAUGAUGAUGAUGAGGAAGGCAUACCAUCUGCUCCAAAGGUUGAGUCCGACCCAACCAGUCCAACUCCCUAUUUGGCUGGGCAAAGCCAUGACCGUUGGGACGCUGUCGGAGAUGUCAAACAGUCGCAAGAAGCCUCCCAAGUGCCCACGCCAUCGCAGCCUCUUAAAUUCUCUCAAUCGCCUCGGAAACCUACCUCUCCCCAUCAUGGCGCUACACUGACCCAACCAGCCACGUCAACUCAGGAACCAAUGUUCAAAAGCAGUGCGGCAAGUACAAAUUCGAGCAAGAACCUUACAUCGGAACAGAAGAACCUUAUCGCCAACUUUGCCAGUAGUGGGCAAGAGCAGCUACAGAGUCUAUUGCAACGGCUCGAACGGUCCAAGAAGGCCGUCGAUGACAAAAUAAUGGACGAGAUAUGUGAAGAUGGCGGUGCGUCUACUGAAUCCAAGGAGAGGCUGAGGGCGAUAGGGAACAAGAUCGCUUCAGCCACGCGGCUACGAGACGAAUUCGAUGCUCUCGCGAAGCUCCGAAAGCACCGAGAGCAAAUGGUGGCUCAACGCAACAAGCUUAGCGGUUCCGGCCACAGCGUCAACCCAGAUGAUCCUGCAGACGUCUUGAUGUCCUUGUGUUCAAAGAUCUUCCAGGCGAAGCGCGAUAUCGACGCCCGAGAAGCAUCGAUUUUCGGACUUCUUGAUCAGAUUGGGGUGUCUACUGCUAGCCAAAUGACAGCACCUCCCACCAAUGUCAGCGACAAGAUUUUCUCUCCCGGAUCCACCGUUUCGGAACAGAACGUUCUUGUAGCCUCGACGCAAAAAGGGCCCCAGUCGAUCUCGAAACAGAUGAAAGACGAGGAUAGACAAGGUCUUUCUCACCUCUCUACUCAGUCAGUCCGUCAAACACCGGCACCCUAUCGAUUCGAUAGGCCGCUAUUAAGCAUUGAAUCGUCGAACCGGAGUCCAUCUCCGCAAUACACAUCGAAGCGAUCGGCGUUCGUGGAACAUGGAGGACCUCUUCAGUCAACUUUGAGGACCGCUCAUUCUGCCGUGCCAGGACCUGCUUUCGCCUACAAUGAGCCCGAAUCGAGUAGUAGGGGAUUCUCAAGAACCAUGGCCAGCCCGACAAGAGACUAUUCGUUCGAGGAAGACGACUUUGAGGACGAUCUAGACGACGAGGAGAUGUACCAAGCAGUCGAGGAAUUCGAGCAGCAUUUGUCGUCACGAACUGCUGAACCGUCAGAGAGACCUGGCCGUGCUGCGCUUGCCGAAGUUAGCGACAAUAUUCGCAAGGUAUCUCCCAAGAAAAAGCCAUCUUCACAACAACCAAGCUCCUCGCAUGCACUGAUGCAACACCCCUGGUCGAAAGAUGUGGCGUCGGCCUUAAAGAAGAAGUUCCACUUGCACGGGUUCCGUCACAAUCAGUUGGAAGCUAUCAACGCAACUCUGGCCGGCAAGGACGCGUUUGUGCUAAUGCCUACUGGAGGGGGCAAAUCUCUGUGUUACCAGCUUCCGGCCGUCAUAAAAUCCGGGCGAACGCGCGGAGUUACUAUUGUGGUCUCGCCCUUGCUCAGUCUGAUGCAAGACCAAGUGGACCAUCUUCAAAAACUGAAGGUCCAAGCACAUCUAAUCAACGGUAACAGUACUCCAGAGGCGCGCAACUGGGUCCGCCAAGCCUUGCAGGAUCCCAACCCGGAAGAAGUAUUGCAGCUUCUAUAUGUGACGCCAGAGAUGUUGGGCAAGAGUCAAGCCAUGGUCUCCGCGUUCGAAGCUCUAUACAGACGAAAGCGCCUGGCUCGAAUUGUGAUUGACGAGGCUCACUGUGUCAGUCAAUGGGGACACGAUUUUCGACCAGAUUACAAAAGCCUGGGCGAAGUUCGUAAGCGGUUCAAGGAAGUACCUGUCAUGGCCUUGACAGCAACAGCGACUGAGAACGUCAAGAUCGAUGUCAUGCACAACCUUGGGAUGAGGGAUGCGGAGGUCCUCACGCAAAGCUUCAACAGACCCAACCUCACGUACGAGGUGAGGCCUAAAGGCAAAAACACUGAGGUACUUCAGAGCAUCGCAGACACCAUCAAGAGCUCUUACAGGGGACAAGCGGGUGUUGUGUAUUGCCUGUCGCGUUCGAACUGCGAGAAAGUGGCGCAGGAUUUGAGCGACAAAUUCCAAAUCGAGGCACAGCACUACCAUGCCGGUAUGCCAUCGGAGGAGAGGAUCGACAUUCAGAAGAGGUGGCAAGCUGGAGAGUUCAAGGUGAUAGUCGCUACCAUUGCCUUUGGCAUGGGGAUCGACAAGUCGGACGUCAGAUUUGUCAUGCAUCAUUCCAUGCCGAAGAGUCUAGAGGGCUACUACCAGGAGACCGGCCGAGCUGGUCGUGACGGCAAGAGAUCCGGUUGCUACCUGUACUAUGGUUACCGUGACUCGAAGCUGCUCAAGCAGAUGAUCGAGAAAGGUGACGGCAGCAACGAGCAGAAGGAGCGCCAAUACCAGCUUCUGCGAAAUAUGGUCCAGUUCUGUGAAAAUCGGAGUGAUUGCCGCAGGGUCCAAGUCCUGGGCUAUUUCAACGAACAUUUCAACCGCGCAGACUGCGAGAACGGGUGCGACAACUGCAACUCUACCAGCACUUUCGAGACACAAGACUUUUCUGAGCAUGCACGUGCCGCGAUCAGCAUUGUGAGAGAGAUAUAUCGCUCCAAGGUGACAGUCCUGCACUGUGUGGACAUAUACCGUGGUAGCCGCAACAAGAAGAUCACCCAGCUGGAGCAUAACACGCUCGCCGAGUAUGGCAAGGGUGCCCACCUGGUCAGAGGAGACGUCGAGCGUUUGUUUCACAGACUCAUCAGUGAGAAGGCUCUGACGGAGUAUAACAAGGUCAACAAGGCUGGGUUUUCGACACAAUAUAUCAAACCGGGCCCCGUAGCCCGUGAUUUCGAGGCAGGCCGGCGAUCUCUGAAGAUCCAAGUCCUUGCAUCACCACACGAGAAAGCUAGGACCAGCGCACCACCACCUCAGAGAGCCCGCCAAAAAGGACAGGGAACCGGUGUUAGAGCCGCUGGGGAUUACUAUCCUACAUCAACCAACGUGUCGUCUCCUCUACAGCCUCGCACCAACCGAAAGCUUCCACGCCCCGUCGAAGACCCGAAUUCUGAUGAUGAGGACUUCAUUGUGCACACAAGUGAGAUGGAAGGCGAUGAUGGGCGUGGUGCCGAGGACGAUGACGCCUUCGACGACAAUCCUGCGUUGGACCACUCUGUAACCCGAAAGACCAAGCUGGGCCCUCCCAUCACAGCGGAUACAAGCACGAGCUUGAAUUCCAUCCAUCAGCACAUUCUCGAUGAUUUUAUCCAGAAUGCGCGAGCUCAAAUCAAGCGUAUAUCCAUCACGAAAGCUCUCCGGCAGGUACCAAUCACAGAUCGUACCUUGCGUCUGAUCGGUGUCGAAUUUCCACAGGAUCCAACGCAGCUGCAACAGAUGAGCGGCAUGAACGACGAGAUGUUCAAGAUGUUUGGGCCUGUCUUGCUUCGAUUGAUAAAGUCGGCGUUCAAUAACUACGAGGCGAUGAUGAGAGCGCAAGAAGGUCGACCUGAUGAUCCGAAUCACCAGACAGUCAUCGAGAUAGACGAUGACGAUGCUAGCGGGGAGGAGCCCGGAACCGACGUCGAUAUGGACGACGUGGACGAGACCGAGAGUGGCCAUUACUUUAGCGUACCUGACGAUGACGACAAGUCGGGCGGAAGGGCGCUUCCGGCUUCGUUUUCUGAGAACAAGUCUCGCAAGACAACCGGGAAGAAGGCCCCGUCUCGUUCGAGGUCGGUUUCCAGAAAUCGGAAGGGUUCUCGCGGUUUCCAGCGUGGUGGUGGCGGCGGCGGCACCGGCAACAGCAGCUCGAGAGCAAGGACGAGUGCUGCGAAAGGAAAGAGGGUCAGUGGUGGUGUUGCGCGGAAGGGAAAGAGCAACUCUAGUGCCCGUUCAAGCACCAGCAGUGCUGGGUUGUCGCGAUUUGUGCCCAAGAACAACAAGACUGGAUCGUCACAGCACAGCGCAGGUGGAAGCAAGAUCAGCAUGAUGCCGACUUAA